GAAGGAAGGAAGGAAGGAAGGAAGGAAGGAAGGAAGGACUUAGUAUUGAACAACUAGGAAAAACAAACGCCGCUGUGUCAUCUGAGCAGGGAUAUCCCAGAGGUUCCUAAGCCCAGGGAAGGAGGCACCUCUCUGGAGACAUCCUAGAGGGCUCAGCAGCAAAAAGGGAAGCACAUACAUCUGGACGGAGGAGAGAAAAAGAGAGUAAAGAAGACGAUCUCCCCGUUUCAAGAAAAGCCCUGGGGUGACCGUGGCAGACCACGCACUUCGGCGACCCUUCUGAGAAAAGCCCCUCCCACGGGCUGCCCCGGACCGCCUAUUCAUAACCCCCCCCCCCGAUAAAUGCCUCCCAGGCGCUCCGCAUCAACUUGCGCUUCUCCUUCCCUCUCGCCCUCGCCGAGUCAGGCGAAGAAGGCUGAGCGGGGGUCCCCAGCCGGCGGGUUCCCCUUCCCUGCCCCCGGCCCGAGGCCAUGUCCACGGGCUCGCUGAGCGAUGCCGAAGACCUUCCCGAGGCGGAGAUACUGGGCUGCUCCGGCAGCCUGAAAAUGGACCGAUGCCGCUCGUCGCCCGCCCCCCGCCAGAGCCCCGCCGAAGGCUCGGCCGGAGAGCGGGGGUCUCCCGUCAAAGGCCGGGGCGCGACGGGCAAGGCGCGGAAGAAAGCGCCGGGCAAGAAGAGCCCUCUGGGAACGGUGGGCCAGGAGGGCAAGCAGGUCCAGCGGAACGCGGCCAACGCCCGCGAGCGGGCUCGCAUGCGAGUGCUGAGCAAAGCCUUCUCCCGCCUCAAGACCACCCUGCCCUGGGUGCCGCCGGACACCAAGCUCUCCAAGCUCGACACCCUCCGCCUGGCCUCCAGCUACAUCGCCCACCUGAGGCAGAUCCUGGCCAGUGACAAGUACGAGAACGGCUACCUUCACCCGGUCAAUCUGACAUGGCCUUUUAUGAUUGCUGGCAAACCAGAGAACGAGCUGAAAGAAGCAGUGAACACAACUCGGUUGUGUGGCCCUACUGCCUCCUGACCCAGGAUUUUCAAGCAUGAGAAAAGCAACCUUCUCUGUGGAUGAAUGCAUUUGUGCAUUGUGUAUACAAAUGGGGGGUGGGGAGGCAUUUCAAGGAGGCAACGAACUGCUUUCUCAUGGAAUAAACAAAUCCUAAAACUGAAAAGAAGACCAAAUGUACUAUGCCAAAGGAAACUGAAACAAUCACAAAGAACAUAUAUUUAACUUUAUUAACUUGUAUAUAUAUACAUAUAUAUUUUUAAUAUCCUGCAGCAACCGCCUUGCUGGUCCAAGUGCUGUUCUCUGGAUCCAACCAGAAUUUGCAACUUUCUAUCUUUGUGUACUCCACUUUGUGAAAGACGGCGAUUCCUAGAAUCAAUUAUUCUGAAAUCACAUCUCUCUAAAAGAAUACACAUUAAAGAUAUUCUAUGAAUAUAUUUUCUUCAAA